AUGAAAUGCGAGAAACAAAGUGCAUCCCAGCUGAAAACCAAUAUGGCAAAGUUCCUUUUGGCUUACCGGAAUACCCCGCAUUCGACGACUGGAGAACCACCGUCCGUGUUGUUUUUCGGCAGACCGCUACGGACUCGCCUCGAUUUGGUGAAACCUGAUUUACAAAGGAAAGUGAUGAACAGGCAAAUCGAUCAAGCGGGGAGGAAAGGACAUUGCCCUACACGCCAAUUAUCCAUUGGUCAGACGGUCAUAGCACGUAACUACAGUGGGAAAGACAAGUGGCUACCAGGUAUAGUUCGAGCUCAAACGGGACCCCUUUCGUACGAGAUAAAAGUUGGUCCAAAUCAAAUUUGGCGACGCCACAUCGACCAGCUUCGAGCCUCGAGUGUGAAAGUAAAUGACCAGAGUGAUGAUACGGCUGAACCUCAUCCAGAGCUCGGAGAGACUGGCCAGAAUAUUGCACCAGCAGAAGAAAUUGUCGCAGAGCCGGAUAUCGAACUAGCCACGAAUCCACCAGUAGUGCAACAACAAGAAACCGGUAGGGCUACAACAGGAUCUGAACAACGCUACCCAACUAGAUCACACCAACCACCCGAGAGGUGGGGUCUUAACUGUUUGAUCCGGAGACUGUUUAAGAAAACUACUUCAAAAACUCAUUAAUAAUUCAUGAAGCAAUUAUCCAAUCUUGAGUAAGAAAUUAGUCACAUGCAUACGUCUUUAUACCAGCUAAAGAACACUUUAACAAAAGACCAUUGUUAUGCAAACUAUAUAAAGAUUUUUAUAUAAAGGUUUUUAUAUAAGGAUUUUUAUAUAAUGAUUUUUAUAUAAAGAUUUGACUUAUUAUGCAUACGUUUUUGAAGUCAUUUAAAAAACUCGCGGGUCGUGUUUUAUUAGGUCUAAAGCCACUCACGCUUCGCGCUCGUGGCUUUCAACCUAAUAAACACUCCUGCUCGUUUUUUAAAUAGUACAUAGAGAACUGCUUCAUUACUUACUGUUAUGGUUAGCAUAAUUGUUCGAACACGAUAGUGAACUCAUGAACAAUAUUUUAUGAUACAUUCCUUAAGAGGAGAGAUGGUGUUAGAUAUAUAGAUAUAGACGGACAGCGGUGAUACGCACGGACAUGCGCAUUAGAUAUGUAGAUCGGCCAUGCUUAUGAUUAUUCAUAUUUUGUUAAAAGUAUAAUCUAAAUACACGACAUUGCCUACUUUUUUAGUCGUGGUGGGAUUCGUUAAACACGGCCACUUUCCAGGCAAUAAUAAUUUAGGGCCUGUUUAUAUCGGUGAAAUGAAUAUAACUGAACGCUUUCUUCAGAUAAAGCGCCUAUCUUUUUUCUUGAAGCCUCACGAUUCCCUCGCGAGACAGUUUAGGGAGGGAACAUGUUGUUUUAAUAAGAAAUACUAAAAGUAUAAGGUCUACUGGAACGUUCUGCCUGAAUAAAUGCAUUAAAGUUCCCAAGCGCUGUUAAAGAGCUUUUUUGUAAAUUUUUUAACUAAGACAUAUUGACGGAUUGACCGUGCUCUUGGCAUGCGUGAAAGGACUGGGACUGGCAUUCAAGUUUGGUUUCGAAUUUCCGGUUGGAGGUAGCGUUCCAGUUAUAUUCAGUUCACACGGAGGAGGAAUAAUUGAGUUACUCGGCAUUUACCGGCCGUCCCCAAAAUGAGGAAAAGUACAAACAAGAUUUUAAGUCGUUUGAAUAGGCAAUUCCAGCUUUUAGUUCAUGCGCGCAGGGGAUGAUGGGAAGUAAGGUAUCACAUUGCUGAUUAUGCUGAAAAAUUUCAAUAAAAUCUGCCAAAACAACCGAAAUAUUUCAAUAUUUACAAGUAUAAGCUAUCACUCCGUGUUUACACGGCCACCAUUUUUAUUUUUUCAGCAUAAUCAGCAAUAUGAUACCUUACUUCCCAUCACCCCUUGCACGCAUAAACUAAAAGUUGGAAUUGCCUAUUAGGUUUAAAAACAUUGCAAAAUAUCGUGAAUACAAAAAUAAGCGCCAAGAAAUUCGGGAAAGCUUAUUCCUAAUAAUUUGCGUGAAUUUUUAAGCUAUUAUUUCAAAUGCAAUGUUUGAGCUAUUAUCUCUGGUUGCUGAGUUUCACUUGCUGCUCGGGUAAGGUUACUUUAUGAAUUUAGGACAAAGACCGCGGACCAAGUGGACGAAUUUCGGCGUAUUUCGCUAUAUAGGCUUCCGCUAUAGGCUUUCAGACAAUUCUGGCACGUUUGUAAAUAAAGUCACCUUAGAAGAUUAGGUGACAUUGUAUAAGGUUUGGUUUAAAAUGAGUGCACUUGUUGCCUUUUAGACACAUUUCACGAUAAGUAACUUGAUAGUGAUUAUAAAGUUUUUAUACUACAAUAUUGUAAAACUUUCUAUUGUAUGAGUAUUGAUACCUUUGAUGGUAAAUUGUAUAUGAAUUGAAAAAAACUAUAUCAUAGAGGCCUGUUUCUGCUGAAAACGUUCCGUUCUGCACCUUAUAAUGAAUACGUUAUGUAUACGGCAAGAUGGAAAAUAUAUAUAUGGCUGCAACAUAUUUAAUUCCGUUUGCGGUUUCUUACGAGUAAUGCCCAUUAACGCUAAACAACAACAUAGAAUGUUUGACUACGUGCAGUACAUGAGCUGUUUAUACAAUAUUAUACCAGCUGUCUUAUUUGGGACGUGCGGAACUAACACGGUUACACGACCUCUUGAAAAUACUGACUCGUCCUUGUAGACGAGGUGUCUAUGUACUUCACAUAAAUGUCCAGCUAAAAAUAUAAACAAUAGACAACUUGCACGCAUGUUAGACUAAUUUUUUAUCUAUAGGCAAAAAAAGUAAAUACCCGUAAAGAACUUAUUAAAAUUAGGAAUUUUGCAAAAUUUGGUUAUAUACGAAAUGUUGUAAAAUACGGAAAAUAUAGCCUUGCAAAGUUUGCACAUUUUGUAUAUAUGUUCGUAUUGCGUGCGGAAAUUGUUAUAUUUUUCAGCCGAAAUGGUAACAAUUUGUUUCCGCAUGCGCGUAUAUAGAAACAUAUACAAAAUUUGCAAACUUUGCAAGACUAUAUUUUCCAAGCUUUACAACCAAAUUUUGCAAUUUUACUAAUUUUAUUAUGUUCUUUUUACCUGUGGUGUUUGAUCCCCUUCUCUUUACUUAAGUCUUAGAUUAAAAUUUUGUCUAACAUGCAAGUUGUCCAUUAGGUCGUGGAUUUUGCUCAAAAACAAUUUACAAACAGCUGCGUAUAUAUAACCGACAAAAAUAGGAAGUUCAUAGUUACCUUUUAGUUAAUAAUGGAAGCAAGUUCGCUACUAAAUUACUUCAAUAGCAGUAAUAUUACAUAUUGCGCGGAAAAUGGUCAGUGCAGUACGUGCAAAUUAUUAUCAGUGCUACUAGAUUUUUGUCUAUAGAGAUUUUAUAGUUUAUAGUAAUAUUCCUGACGGUAAAUUGUUUAACGGAGCUAGAUUAUACAAGUCGACAACACCUAAUAAACCACGUUGAAGCUGUAUUCCAGCGACUGCACCUUAAUGCACUGCAUGCAGUGCUGUCCGUAUGAGAAGCGGAAAAGUUUUACUGUUGUCUGUUAAUUCUGGUUGUCUAGAUCAAGGAAAUAGUUAUUGUUGCCUCUUAUGCGUUUCCAGACCAAAUAAUGUAUUAUUGGAUGAAGAUGGCUCGAUACAGCUUUUUAAAAAUAAAAAAAUUAGAUCUGCAUUUUUGGGGCGUAUUACUUGUCGAAAAACAAAAAUCAUCUUAUACUUAUGUAAAACAACGUCUAAAGAGUCGCGGCACAAAAGUUACGAAACUGCCGUUGCUAUGACAACAAUAGGGAGUUUAAGCUUCAGCUUUUCAGGAAAGGCAAAUGCAUGCAGGUUCGAACUUUCUGAGCAAAAUUUUCGUUGGACAUUUUCUUUUCAUAUUUUCUUUCUUGGGUCGAAAGAAUAAUCAUACAUUGCAGUAUUAAAACAGCAAGUUCAUUUACUCUUUUAUUGCCUGAUAUACGGUAAACUUUUUCUUGCCUAAAUUACCUGGCGUUUGCCAUUUGACGUAUAACGCAAAGCCACUAAUCUGAAAUAAUUAAGACUGGAUAAAGCAUCUGCUAUGCAUAUAAGUGAAGCCAAUGGGCAAUAUAGAGGCCAUAUUGGAUGGCCCCACCAGUUAAUCUAAUCUGGUGUAAUGGACAUGUUUUACUGUUCCUUUACGUUUUUAGUCACUAGAGGGAAAGGACAAAUAUUGCCUAUAGAUAAGAAUUUAUCAUCAGUAGUCUCUCUUUUUUCCUAGUGGUGAAUAACUAAUGAGGGGGGCCAUCAAAUAUGGCCGCCAUGCAUAAGGCCACAUAAAAAAAAUUACUUGUUUAGCGUCCACCCAUUUUAAUUUUCCUAGGUCGGGCGGGCGGAUUUUUUUAUUUUUUUUUCGUAAAAUGCAACACAAAAUUCUGCUAAAUGCAGGAAAUCCAGUAUAUUACCACAGUCAAAACUCACUUUAAUUCUUUCAAAAUCCGUUCAUGUUUUUUAAUACCGUUCAUGUUUUUAAUAAAACAGAAAUGAUUAUACCGUUUGGCGGUCACGCGCGAACACUUUAGCUGCGAGGAAGGAGUAAACGUAUUACAUAGCUCCCAGAAGAAUAAAAUCACCAUUUUUUCAAGUAAAACGGUCUUUUUUAUAGAGAGUUUUUGCACUAAACUCGGAUGGAUUUAAAAAAAAAUAAAAAAAAAUUGGAGGUCGGGGACUUUUAUCAGGUCGGGCGGGGACGCUAAACAAGUAAUUUUUUUUAUGUGGCCUAAGCCUCGUUAUAUGUGGUGUAUAAAACGUUCUAAAACUACUUCGAAGAGCAGUUUGGAAGCUAUAUUUCACAAGUCACAUAGGCGAAGAUAUUUGCUUUAUAGUCUAACUGAAUUUAAACAGCAAACGAUUAGACUGGUCAUGAAUUUGACUGAUUUAUAAAUCUUAUCUCAUCAAAAUAUUCUGGCUUCAAAAUCGGAUUACUGAAUUCAAUAGGACGCUUUAUCCAGUCUUAUUUCAGAUCAGUGCGCGAAGCUAAAAAGCUCUCUAAUGACGUUCCAAUAUGGCGGAUAUUUUUGCUUUGAAGUUUAAUUCAACUCGUAAACGACAUUGGUGACCCCCAAAUUCUAUUUCAUAAAAUUACUUAUCUUAGUGUCUGUCGAGCCAAACUUUUUCAAAUUACGUAAAUAAUUUUUUCUCAACGACAACAAAAUUUUCUUACAAUUGCUAAGAUAAUUGAGUAUACUCAUUCAUAAAAUGAUUUUUCUUAGUAUACUAAGAAAAAUCAUUUUAUGAAAUAAAUUUUGAGGCUCAUGCACCGAUGAUAUUUUCGAGUUAAAUUACUUUAAAGCUAAAAUAUCCGCCUUCUUGAAACGUCAUUGCUGCCAUAGCAACGGCAGUUGUUUAACUUUUGGGAAAAAAUUCAAAUCCUUUAGAUGCUGUUUUUCAUCAGUGAGAAGAUACUUGUUGUUUUUAAAAAAAUAUACAAAUCUAAAUAGCAAGUUUUCUAUCUUUUUCAAAGCUAUGUCGAUGUGCAAUGUGCAAAAAAUUAUUAUGAAUGCGAUAAACUUCAAUAUGAAAAUGAGGCUCGCAACUCGCAAGUGACAUCUGCACUCAUGAAACACAUGCAUGCAGGUGUUUAAAAAUAUUAUUGUGCAUCAAGUAAUUUUAGUCAUGACUAUAAGGAAACUUUUUGCUCGCCUGCUUAUUCCAAAAAUUUUAUAUAUUUUCACAUCAAUGUUGUCUUCUAAAAAUACUUCAGCUAAUAUUUUGAUAUGAGCAUAAUGACCUUUUAUAAGAAUACUGUCGCUACACAACGACUAAUAACCUUUGGCUAUUUUGUUAAUUAAGUGCAUUGUCUAAUUAUGCUAGCGUUUUUCCUAGCUUUCCAAAAACUUAUACUCGCCGGGCUCUUUUUCCGUCAUGGAAGCAAUAUAAACAGCCUGUAAUAAUUAAGAUUUUUGAGCAGUAUACUGCAUGGAUUGAAUACAACAAUUUCUCUUCGAUACAUGAUGCGUAGUUAACUUAUUCGGAGAAGAAAAAUGUGCGUGCAUAAUUUAGCAUAUAUAUAAGUUGUUGCGACUAUAGUGCGUGUAUUGUAAUUAUGCACACGUAACACGUUUUUGGAAUAACUGUAAUUUCAUAUUAACUAAAACUGUCACUGAGCCGGUAGAAGAGACCGUUAUUGGUGUUUAAAAUUUUAGGUUUGCGUAAAAUGUGUUCCAAAAGACUAUAGAUCUUCUGUCCGUGAACAGGUGAAACUUUGACAAACAAUUUAAUUAUUAAAGCGAUACUUUGCCACAAUUCAUGCAAUUAACACGCAAAUGAACAUGGAUGCGUUAAGUGCUUGUCGGUUUUGUAAUGUAAACAUUCUCUUUAAUGAGGGCCCUGAAGGGGCAAAAUGGGAACUAGGAUUGAUCUAUUUUUAGACUGGGAAAAUGGGAUUUGGGUUGCUGGGACUGGGAUUUGGCCACUGGGAAUGGGAAAUGAAAUCCUCAAAAAUGGGAAUGGGAUUGAGGUAAUGCGAGUCGAUUCCCAAUUUUUCUGCGUUUUGAGUAUUUUAAAAUACAAUUUUGAUCCGUUUUUGGUGUCUUUGGUCAUGAUUUUUGUUGUUAACUAUAUUAUUCACAGCACUACCUGCGAACAGGCAUACUCUGGCGCCCGGAAUUUUGGGUUUUCUGAUUAUGCGUGUCUCAGGAUGCUGCAAAUGCCAUUUCCGGGAUUCAAAUUUAAAAAUUUUCCCCCUAAUAUUUCAUAAAGUGUCCGCCACAUGCUUAAAAGGUCUUAAAACUGUUUAUUCUACCGAUAAAUAAAGGGUUUUCUAUUGACUGGGAUUUCUAAUACUGGGACUGGGAUUUUGCCAAAAUUUCAGGUGGGAAAUGGGAUUGGGACCCCCCCCCCCUUCAGGACCUCUUUAAUGAACCUAUAAUUGCAUGGGCAUCACGUACCCUGCCAUAGCGCGUUGCAGGUAUAUAACGUCCUAGCCUCCUCCAUUUGCCACUUAGUUCAGUUUAGCUGUCAACGCGCAGAAAACAACCAAAAAAUUGAUCAACCCGAGUCUGUGUUCUCUCAUAACAACGAAAUGAAACGCUUUCUUCGAACAGCGCUCAUGUCUGUGCGAUUUCUGUUCCUGAUCUUGUUGCCACUUGCAGUUACAAUGGAACAAGAAUACUGCAUGCGUGACGAUCACACGAACGUGGCGAUUCCUUUUCGCUCGCUGUAUGGAGGUAAGUUUAGCUAAGUUUAAUUUAUAGGGAAGCCUUCAUUCUUGCUUCUAAUUCAUAUAGAGUCAUUGUGUUUUUUCUAAUGUUUCCAUGUCAUUUCUGCAACAAUAUAUAGUUAUCCGCAUGUGAACGUUUUUCUUUGCCUGAUAAAUAUUCUUUUCGUUGUAGAUGUUUGUCCUUUGAUAAAAGAUAUUCUCUCUGAAGCGACGUAUGAUUUCCAGAAUCAUUGUGGCAUGAAGUGUUUGCAAAAUCCAUUCUGUGCUGGAUACAAUUUUAAGAAAAAGCACCAGAAGAAGACUCCAAACUGCCAGUUAACACACACGCUGGAUCACAACUUUCAUGAUUGCAACGCUGAUGACAAAGGCUGGGUAUUUUAUCAUCCUGUUGCUCCAAGAAAG